AUACUCACUUUCCAACAUUUCAUCUGCAGUUCAUGUGUUUGAUCUGUAAAGAUGGCAAAUCUCUCUGAAAUUUCGGUUUUUGUUAUAAUCCUUAGUAUUUUUGUAACUGUUUGUGUCUGUGACGCACCACCUGUCAUGAUGUGUCCAUCAACUCGGACAGUUAAAAGUGGAAUAAACAUAGCAGAACUGUAUGUGAACACACAAGGGGUGAACAGCACGAUAGUUUUACAGUUGAUUUCAUCAGAAUGUUACACAUGUGCUUUGCAGAACGUCUCGGUAAUACCUGCAGCGAAACAGAAUUGCUCUGUGAUAGUUGAUACAAGAUGGCCAGUACGGAUGGCGGUUAUCAGUGAUGACUCUUCUGACAAAAUUAACCCAAAUUGCUUAGACCUUGGUGCUAGAUUUGAGGAAAAUGGAAACUAUGUGAUAUAUGUUACAAAAAAGAACAAUGUCAUCACAUGUCAGCCUCCACUACGUGUUGGUAGCGAUCCAGCUGAUAGUAACAUUACUAUUUAUGCUUGUUUUGGAAUUUUUACAGGACUAGCAUUAGCUUGGAUUGGAUUUAGUAAAUGCAAGCGUAGGUUUAUGAGAGUUUUAUUUGAAAUUCACCCAAGUGCUGUUGACACUGUUACAUGCUCAGAGCAAGAUCUUGGAAUACCGACUAAUUCCACCAAGGAUCAUGGAAUCGAGAAAAAAGAAAGACUGAAAUCUCUUGACACAUUACGAGGCUUAUCACUUGUUAUAAUGAUGUUUGUUAAUUAUGGAGGGGCAGGCUAUUGGUUCUUCAGUCAUUCUAAAUGGAAUGGACUUACUGUUGCUGAUCUUGUGUUUCCUUGGUUUAUAUGGAUAAUGGGAACAGCUAUGGCUUAUUCAUAUCUCUCUCUAGCCAAGAAAAAAGAAUCAACUGGAAAGAUUUUUCUGAAAAUUCUUAGAAGAUCCAUAACCCUAUUUGCACUUGGGUUUCUUGUCAGCUCAGGUGGUAUAAGAAACUUUAAGAAAUGGCGUAUAAUGGGUGUUCUUCAGCGAUUUUCUUUGACCUACUUUAUAACUGCUACUGUUCACAUGUUUGUAAUGAAGGAGUCUAAUGUUGGUGCAAACAAAAAAUGGAAGGAAUUUCGGGACAUUGUGAAUUAUUGGAAGGAAUGGAUUGUUCAGUUAUUGUUUAUAUUGAUACAUACCUGUGUCACAUUUCUCCUUAAAGUGCCAGGUUGUCCAACUGGUUAUCUAGGACCUGGGGGACUUGCUAAUGAUGGUAAUGGUGCUGAUGUUAAACUAUGUACUGGAGGGGCCGCAGGAUAUGUGGAUAGGUAUAUUCUUGGAGAAAAACAAGUCUAUGGAAGUCCAACUUGUGCUGAAAUCUACGAGACAACUGUACCAUAUGAUCCCGAGGGCCUUCUUGGUGUCCUGACAUCAUGUUUUCUGUGCUUUCUGGGUCUGCAAGCUGGAAAAAUUCUUGUUACAUUUAAGGGUGUUCAAGAACGAGUCCUGAGAUUUUUAAUCUGGGCUGUAGUGACAGGUGUAAUUUCUGCCAUACUUUGUAAAGCAAGUCAAAAUGAUGGUUGGAUUCCAGUGAACAAAAACUUGUGGUCAAUUUCAUAUGUUUUGGCAAUGGCAUCUAUGGCAUUUGUGUUACUUACAUUUUGCUACCUAACAGUGGAUGUAUACCAGAUAUGGAAUGGUGCUCCUUUCUAUUAUCCUGGGAUGAAUUCUAUUGUGGUGUAUGUGUGUCAUGAAGUAUUCAGCACACCAUUUCAGUCAUUUUGGGAUUUACACCCUAGUUCACAUGCAAUUUUUAUGCUUAUUAAUGUCGUUGAUGUCAGCUUUUGGGUGUCAUUAUCGUUUUAUUUAUAUAACAAGAAAAUAUUCAUAUCUGUUUAGAUAUUUUAUCAAAUUGAAUUUAUCUGGAUCAUUAAAUUGAUAAAAACUGAUACAGACACAUGAUUUGAUGUGUACAUAGAAUAUUAGUGUAGACAUUUAACAUUCAUAUACUUGGUUAAAUUAAUCCUGUAUCUUUAAUUAAACUUGCAAAAUGUAUUGUGGCAGUAUAUGAAUAAAUGCAAAAUCAAUAUAAAAAGUGCACAGGGCUUCAGACAUGUUUAUUAAGUAAGCUAUGUUGAGAAACUGGCCUCCCCACCUGUAGCAGUUCACCAACAUUGCAGGCAACUUUGAAUCAAACUGAUAUAUUUUGAAGUGUUUUAACUUGAGACUGUAUUAAGUCAUGGUUGCAAUUUCUUUUCUUGGCAUAAAGAGAGAAUUGGUUAAAUUUUGAUAAGGUCUUGAUUAGAAAAAAAUUGUUAGAUUAUGUAAAUUUUAUAUGGGAACAUUACUGUUUGCUUAAUUAUGUUGUACUAAACUCUGUAUUUUUCUUCAAAUAAGGUUUGUUGCAUUUUUUUAUGUGAAUUAACAUUUAUUCUCAAUUAUAUUGGCAUGUUGAUCAUAUAUGUAUCACUUUAUAGACUUGAUUUUAUCAUUUUUGGAUACCAUCAAAACUGGAAUAAAAAUAUAUGAAUGUGACAUCAGUAGUUUUUUACAGAAUUUUAGAAAAAUAAGAAUUUACAUAUGGGAAAGAACUGUCCUUUGGCUUCUUUCUUCCUAAACAUUACCGAGAGAUGCAGUUUUCAGAAAGCUUUCUUUUGUCUCUUGUUUUUUGUUUUGUUUUUUUUUUCUUCAGAAAAGUAGAUAAAUACAUGUAUAAUGUACAAUAUAUGUUUAAAAAUAAAAGGAAUCAAUUAAGGAUAUUGUCUCCUUCCUUGGUG